UGACAUUGACACAUUGACAUUCACUCUGCUGUUUAUGGCAGUUUAUGCGAAACCAAUAAAUAAAGUUUGUAGUUAAAAUUGGGUGAACAAAAGAUUAUUAUCAGCAAUAAUUUACAUAUAAUUAGAAUGAAAUUGUUUUGUAUGAAAAAGCUACUACAUUAUGUUGGUAUUGAUUCCUAUUGUAAUGCAUUUUAGGAAAAUACAGUAAAAAAAACUACAAAGGUGCUAUAGGCAGCAGGACCAAAUUUGCCUUCGAGAUUUUAUUGUUUAAUAAAUACGUCCAGAAAAUGUGUGAUAAUUCAAAUACAACUACUUCUACGUCUUAUUCUAAGGAUUUUAAAGUAAACAAGUCGAAACGAAACAUCUCCGAAAGGGCUGAAGAUGCAGCUACCACAGAUUCCGAGGAAUAUUUAUCAGAACCUUUGAGGUACAGAAACUUCCAGUCGAGCACCUCCAAUGUUACAUUAUCACUACAAAAUUCCACAAUAGAAGAAGAAAAUGGCAAUUACUUCCCUACAUUCUCGGAAUAUGUUUCCAAUGGUCAUAUUACCCCAGGUAAUAUUCAAAUUCCAAUUGUUGGCUACGAGAUUAUGGAGGAAAGGGCUAGAUUUACGGUGUACAAAUUAAAAAUAGAAAAUAAGUCAACCGGUGCCUUUUGGUUCGUGUUCCGGCGGUACACAGACUUUGUGCGCCUGUGCAAUAGACUCAGAUCGCACCAUUCGGAGAUAAUCCAGUACCUUCCGGGUAAAAGGUGGCUGAAGAACAACUUCGAUCCGAUUUUCUUGGAAGAACGGGUCAACGGGUUGCAGACAUUAGUAAAUGCUAUAUUAGACGUACCUGAGCUGAUAGCCACGCAGGAAAUACAGGACUUUUUCUGCUUGAACGAACCGCCUGUGUUUUCUGAUAGCAGCGAAGAAACCAAAGCAAUAUUAGAGGCGUUAGAAGAAAACAUUAGUGAUCUCAAGCUACAACUUCGUGAAAAAGAUGCUUCCAUUUACUCGUUAGAAACGAGAUUACAUUCCUUAUCGAUAGAAAAUGAUAAUUUGAAGAAACUAAUCAGCAAUUCGAUGACGAGCUGCCAGAAAUGUCAAAAGGAAAGCGAGAAUUUCAAAAAGCAAUCAAAAUGAGGUGCUACAUAUAUAUUUUAUAUUUUUGAUAUCGAAUAUAUUAAGUGAUCGAAU